AUGGAGAAGAUGGGUGCGGCAGAACCCAACUUUGAACUAUUUGAGGAGAAGAAGCGCGUUAGGAACCCCCUCGUUCCCGUCGGCGCACUCAUGACAGCAGGAGUUCUCACAGCUGGCUUAAUCAGUUUCAGACAAGGCAAUUCUCAAUUGGGUCAGGUGUUAAUGAGAGCUCGGGUGGUUGUCCAAGGGGCUACUGUGGCACUUAUGGUUGGCACUGCUUUCUACUAUGGGGAUAACCCAUGGAAAAAACCAAAAAUCCAGCACCAACCCACUGAAGGAUUGUCACCAUAUUCUCGGAAAACUGAUUUGCAAAUGGCAAUUGAUUUUUUCUUCUCCUUUGAGGAUAUUUCUGAAGAUUUGCUUGUUACAAAAUCUCAUAGGUUAUUGCAAGUUCGGGAGUUCUAUUUUGUACAGAUUAGAAUGUCUUCACCAAGCAAGAGGAGAGAGAUGGAUGUCAUGAAGUUGAUGAUGAGUGAUUACAAUGUGGAGACUAUAAAUGAUGGACUGAAUGAAUUUAAUGUGGAGUUUCAUGGUCCUAAAGAAAGCCUUUAUGAAGGUGGUGUCUGGAAAAUCCGUGUUGAGCUUCCUGAUGCAUAUCCUUACAAGUCUCCUUCUAUUGGGUUUGUGAACAAGAUAUUCCACCCAAAUGUUGAUGAGCUUUCUGGUUCUGUAUGCUUGGAUGUGAUCAACCAGUCAUGGAGUCCAAUGUUUGAUCUUUUAAAUGUUUUUGAAGUUUUUCUGCCACAGCUCUUGAUUUAUCCAAAUCCUUCAGACCCCCUCAAUGGUGAUGCAGCUUCAUUGAUGAUGAAGGAUAAAGAACAAUAUGAUCAGAAAGUAAAAGAGUAUUGUGAACGAUAUGCAAAAAAGGAGCAUCUUAUGAACUCCACAGCUGAAGAGGAGAGUGACGAGGAGGAUGUCACUGAUGAAGAAAGUGGAUCAAGUGAUGAGGAAGAUGAAAUUGCUGGACAUGUAGACCCAUAA